AGGCGUAUCGUUGAGUCUUUCCUGUGUAUUUCGACAAAUAACUCGUGAAUGUUAUUGUAGUGGUAUUAUUUAUGUGUUCCAAAGCUCUCUUUAAUGAUUUUUCAGAUAUUGAUAUAAAUGGCAGCAUUUCCCAAAAAUGGAAGCGCUUGCGGAAAUGUUGCGCAUCGCUCAGAGGCGUCAAUGUACACAGUUCAGAAACAUCUAAAAGUACUUUACUGGAACCAUCCGCCCCUCACAUACUAGUCAGUACACCCCAUGCAACUUCAUCACUACGUAUACCAAGUAGCAAUAAGAAAAAUAGUGUCCAAGACGUACUGAGAGCGAAACUAAGCCAAAUACACGUAGGUUUAAGGAAACGGAGGGCUCUAUCCGUCCAAGAAUUUUUCCAUAACUCGAACCAAGAGAAGCAGCCGACUUUUUACGUCCCAUCCCCCUGUUCGGUGUCGCCUACUUCGGGUGGCACCUCGCAACCUAGGAGGCCACGUUCCAGACAACGAUCCGUCACUUCUUUGACAUACACCCCUUCUCAGUCCAAAGAAUUCAUCAAGUGUCAUAGCGGCGAGUGGGACCCCCUCCCUUACGAACCACCCCCCGAUUACGAUGAUGAAGACAAAGCUCCAACGCGAAGAUGGUCUGUGAUAGCUUUAAACAAAACCGAGAAGAAUAGAACACCAGCGAAGAUAGAAAAUUUCAACAUCAAAAUUCCCAAAACUAAGUUGAACAAGUCCUUUGACCGUGCCAGGUCACAGUCCCCUAAAUGGAACAAAGAACAGGGCAAGUCCAUUAGAGGCGAUACCCAAGUGAUCAAACCGCAUUUUGCUUCUAAAGCUAACUCUAAAAGCCACUAUGAACUUAUUGGUGCUAGACAAAAACCGGAAGCUAGACGGGACGCCGAACGUGGCCAACAGGAGUUGAUAGAAGAGCUGGAAGAAAUAGAGGAAGAAGAAAGUAAAUUUUGCACUUUGCCUCGAGGUGGGAACACUUUUACAAUAAGGCAGGUGGUGUUCCAAAAAGGUCCAGAUUAUAAACCCCUUGGAUUCAGCAUAGUCGGUGGGAGGGAUUCCCCCAAAGGCAGCAUGGGGAUAUACGUGAAGACAAUUUUUCCAAAUGGACAGGCAGCUGACAGCGGAACACUUAAAGAAGGUGAUGAGAUACUAGCAGUAAACAGCAAACCAUUACAUGGGGCCUCUCACAAAGAAGCUAUAAACGUUUUCAAACAAAUCCGGUCUGGAUCGGUGCUUUUACAUAUUGGGCGUCGCGUCAUGAAGAAGCACAGGGAAAAAGCUUACUAAACUUAUAUCUACCGUGUGCCUCGAAAUUGAAUUUUCUUUUAAAUGUUUCAUAUAACACUAUGUUGAAGUGAAAUAUUUUGUUAUUUAGAAGAAAAAAUGUCUCUUCUAUGUUCAAUUUUAGAGUACACUGGAUAUAAUAUAAUAAUAAGUACCAAAGAUAAUCGUUAUCUACAAAUAUGCAAAAGCAUAUUUAUUGUGUAAUGAAGGAUGUCAUUACUGGUUGUUGAUUUACAUAUAUAUUUUUUUUGUACCAUUUUUUACAUUGGCAAUGAACUGUAGUAUUUAUAUACAGGGUCGGAAAGUCCCCAUGGUUCAUUGGCCGUUACGUGAGAG